AUGGAUGACUCGAACAUUCAACAAAACAACAAAGAUGACAUUGAUGGUAAACAAGGGAUAUACAUUGGUCCUAAUGAUUCAGGCAGAAAUGUGAAUGGAAAUGAGCAACUUUCCGAGAAUUAUCACACCAACUUAAUGAAGUAUUCCUUGCUUCUUGGAGCUGAGAAAGUGCUGAUGGCUCGAAAUUCGCCACCACCGCUUGUGUUCUCUGACGCGGAAUCCUGCCCGAUUAAUCAGGACAACAUCUCUGCAGCAGCAAGAACGCAAGGCAAAAAUGUGAUGGAAAUGAAUGAAAAGGAUUAUGGGAAUUCUCAGUGUUGCUGGAUUCAAUCAAGACCAAGUAAUGGCAUUGAAUGCAGAAAUAAUGACAAGUUCAUCCACUCCUCCAACAACAUGGGAAUCGACUAUCCUUCAAAUUACUGCAAUGAAUUUCCUCUGGAUUUUGUAUCUUUCCUGAGAAUCCUGGCAGUUCUGGUACUUAAACUAGCUGGUUUUCAGAUUGCUUUCUUGGCCAGAUUAUUCACAUUCCCUAUCCAGAUAAUCAACAUUUGGACAGCAUUUCUUCUGUUCCCGUUUCAUUUGAUGGCAUUUGCAAGAGACCAUUUGAAGAAAAAGCUGCUGACUUUAUGGAGUUACUCCUGUUUCAGUUUGAUUUACUUCAUAUGCGAUCGUUUCAAGAUGCGCAGAAAGUCAGUACUGAAACUGGCUGUAAGAUUUUGCUGGGCAUCUUUCUGGGCAGUCUACGUUUGCUUGAUUCUGGUGGGAAUGCUGGUUUUGGGAUUCGUGAUUGGUGGCGUUAUCAUGAAGAAUCUGGUUGUGGAACCCAUUCAGACCACCCAAAACCUCAACUUUGAUUACACCAAAUCUUGCCCUGUUUCAUUUGUACCCAUUGCAUCUUCUCCGGUUGCCGGAAUUUCCCCGGGCUUGGAUUAUAAAGACAGGAUUCCUUUCUCCAAGAACCCCGGCGGCCGGCCCAUUCCCUAUAAUCACAAGUUGAAGCUAACAGUUUCCCUGACAAUUCCAGAGUCAGAGUACAACAGGAACCUUGGAAUUUUCCAGGUAAAGGUAGAAUCUUUGUCAAUGGAUGGUAAGGUAACCGGAAGUUCAAGCUAUCCAACCAUGUUGAAAUUCAAAAGUCAGCCUAUACGAUUUGUUGAGACAACAAUCAAAAGCAUCCCACUUCUUACAGGGUUCCAAUCAGAAGUUCAGAACCUUAAAAUUGAAGUUAAUGAUUAUAUGGAAGGUCAUGAGCCAACUGUUUGUUUUAAGGUAAGCGUUGAGCAGAGAGCAGAGUUUGAACCAGGUUUUGGGAUCCCUGAAAUAUAUUCUGCAACCCUUCACAUUGAGUCUCGGCUCCCACAGUUAAGAAGGCUGGUUUGGAAUUGGAGGAGGACCAUAUUCGUGUGGAUCAGCAUUGUUUCCUUCUUGACUGAGUUGAUGAUUUCUCUGAUAUGUUUCCGGGCAAUCAUUCUUCCUGGAAAAACAGUGCUAAAUGUAAUUGGUGCCAAAGGUAGUAGGUACAGAGUGAAUAAGAUUUCAUGGUGA